AAUUUGGCCUCCAAACUUCAGAGGCAAGGCAAUGCAUCAGCCUUUAUUACACCAGUUUCUGUAUCUCCAUAACAAAUGCCUAUUAUUAGAGCCGCAGUUUCCUUCCAAUGGCUUUCUAAAAGACAAAUCAUGAAUGAGGACAUCUAUCUUUCCAAGUUCUACGAACCUUCACACCAACCAUCUCUGAGAGAGAGAGAGAGAGAGAGAGAGAGAGAGAGAGAGAGAGCUUUUUUCUAUUGUGUGUGUGUGACAAAUGCUUUGGACACAAAUUCAGACAAAUUUGUAUUCCCAGCCGUCCAUUGCGUGUGGGGCUCGCUUGUAUCGAACAGUUUUGGACACAUCUGUAUCCAAACCUCUAUGUUCGUAUAUAGCACUGCUCUUUGUGUUUUGAACAAGAUUUCAUCAUGCCCCUGGUUUCUGCAAUCCUGUCAUGCAAGCAAACAUCAUUAACCUUUCUUGGAAACCAAAAUACCUAUGAAACAUUGAAACUUGAAGAUUGCUAUGUAGAAACUAGAAAGGACAGAUUGAGAUGGCUAGUUUUGAUAAUUAAAUGACAUCAAUCCUUCCAUUAGGUUCCGGUUCCAAUCUCGUGGCUGAAACAUCUUCCGCCAAUCAUUCAGAAGCUAAACUUUGCAAGGGUAAGGAGUUGAUGCAUGCUAGCGAUCAAGUACGGUGGCUAAGUGGUAGAUUGAGAUCUCUUGAGGAAGAAGCUGAGGUCAUGAAUCAUGCUUUCGUAGAGAGCUUGGAAGAAAGGAAGAAGCUGAUCAAUGAAAUAUCUCACCAGUUUCGGGUUAUAAGCCGUUAUCGGGUAUCAAGAAAUCCAGUAACUACUGGUCUGUCUCAGGUCUUACAUCAGGAAACCAAUCCAUCUCUUGUAAUCGAAAUCGAAAAGCUACUUAUGGGUGGAUUUGAGGAAUCUGCUGAUCAUAUGUAUGAUAGUUUUCGUGAAAUGUCUGUCUGA